CUCUAAGAGACGGGAAUGGCGGAGUAUGGCAGCAUCCUCACCCCGGCGGCGCUCGGCCUGAACUCUGGACACUCGCCCGGACCCAAAGUGGAAGCUUUCGCCGACGCGCUGCAAAGGGCGCGGCAGAUUGCUGCUAAAAUAGAUGCUGGUUCACAUCUGAACAAUUCUACUCCUGUGGUAGAUCCUGCAGUCUAUGGCUAUGGGACUCAGAAACGGACCCUCGAUGAUGGGGUAGUGAACCAGCUUGGGGGAAUGGUGCAUCAAAGGACUAUAAUGUCUGAAGAGUACAAAGUGCCUGAUAAAAUGGUUGGAUUCAUAAUUGGCAGGGGAGGAGAACAAAUAUCUCGGAUACAGAUGGAAUCUGGCUGCAAAAUUCAGAUUGCACCUGAUAGUGGAGGUCUCCCAGAACGGUCUUGCACGUUGACGGGUUCACCAGAGAACAUAGAAGAAGCAAAAAGACUCCUAGGACAGAUUGUGGAUCGGUGUCGGAACGGGCCUGGCUUUCACAAUGAUAUUGAUAGUUCCAAUAACGCUAUACAGGAAAUCCAAAUCCCGGCCAGCAAAGUUGGCCUUGUCAUUGGCAAAGGAGGGGAAACCAUUAAACAGCUGCAGGAGAGAACUGGUGUAAAAAUGAUAAUGAUUCAGGAUGGACCACUUCCCACAGGUGCUGACAAACCACUGAGGAUUACAGGAGAUCCUUACAAAGUACAGCAAGCUAAAGAGAUGGUCAUGGAAAUAAUCAGAGAUAAAGAUCAAGGUGAUUUCAGGCGAAAUGAAUAUGGUUCCAGAAUUGGAGGAAAUAGUAUAGAUGUUGCUGUACCUAGAUUUGCUGUUGGUAUUGUAAUAGGAAGAAAUGGUGAAAUGAUAAAAAAGAUUCAGAAUGACGCUGGUGUUAGAAUUCAAUUUAAACCAGAUGAUGGUAUAAUGACAGACAGAAUUGCUCAGGUGAUGGGUCCUCCAGAUAGGUGUCAACAUGCUUCUCAUAUGAUUAAUGAGCUUAUUCAUACAGCGCAGGAAAGAGAUGGUCAGUCUGGAUUUGGCGGUCCUGGAAGAGGACGGGGUAGGGGUCGUAGUGAAUGGAAUAUGGGACCUCCAGGUGGCAUGCAGGAAAUAACAUAUACAAUACCCGCUGAUAAAUGUGGCUUAGUUAUUGGAAGAGGUGGGGAGACUAUCAAAAGCAUCAACCAGCAAACAGGAGCACAUGUAGAACUACAGAGAAAUCCACCACCAAAUUCUGAUCCUAAUAUUCGAAUAUUCAUUAUCCGUGGAGCUCUACAACAGAUCGAACAUGCUAGACAGUUAAUAGAAGAAAAAAUCAAUGGGGGUCCGGGACCUGGUGGCCCUGGAGGAUUUAACACAAGCCCUUAUAGUCAAGGACCACCUGGGCACCAUCAAAAUGGCCCACCACAAGCUUUUAUGACACAGGGAUGGGGAAGUACGUACCAACCUUGGCAGCAACAAGGACAGCAGGAUCCAAGUAAAGCUGCGCAGCAUUUGGGUACAGCAGCCUGGUCAGCCUACAUCUCCCAGUUUUACCAGCAGCCUAGCCAACAACAGCAAGCAACAAUGGGGCAGAACUCGCAACAAAAUUCAGAUCAGAAUGGUGGCCAAACUGGUCAGAUGGAUUAUUCCAAAGCCUGGGAGGAUUACUACAAAAUACUUGCUCAGGCAACAGGAACUGCCCAAGGUACUCCACAGCAAAGCUCUCAACCUGACUACAGUGCAGCCUGGGCAGAGUAUUAUCGACAACAAGCAGCAUACUAUGGACAAGCCACACAGCAAGGGCAGGCCCCUGGUCAUCAGGAUCAAUAAUUUGAUGUCCUUGAGAAGACAUUUGAAUCAUUAUGGGUGUGGAGCCUUUUUUAACAAAAGGUUGAAAAGAUUAAUGCCGCCUUGAUGAAGAAAAACUUAUACUUUUAUUUCUGAACACUAGAAAAAAACUUAUUACGAUAACUUUCUAGAUUUACCAUUAAUGGAAUAAUAGUGAAGUUGAGGGGUGCAGAUGUUGUGACUGAACACUUGGGGACCCUUAAACCGAUACCAUGGUUUGGACAGGCUAAAAUGCGAAUGGUGGUUUGUUCUGCUUUUUUAAUAUUUUUUUUUAAGAAGAUUACUCUCCUACAUCAACAGCACUACAGGAUAAGUUUUUAAAGUAUAAUAGUAGUGUGGAUGUGGGGUUCAAAGACGGUGCAUUGUUGAACUGUAUACAUCCCAACGAUAGAUGGGUAGGAAUACUGGUGCUGGUACUGCAUAUCCUGAUGCUCGAUAAUGGCAACAUACGAGUCCCAGGUAUCGGUCUGGGGUUUUGUACAGCACAGACCGAAAGGUACUAACGACCACAGUAUAUAUAUAAUAUAUAUUAUAUAUAUAUAUAUAUAAAAUAUGUCUCACUUUUGUGAAACUGUGCCUCCAUCCCUAUGUGAGUGGGCACUAAAUACAAAACUGUGUUGGACUGGUAAAUUUUUGUACUAGUCUAUUAAUUCUACUGUGUGGGGAGGGAGGGGGAAAGAAGAAAAAAAGUUAGCACAACAAAAACUUCUUUUUAUAAGGAGUUGAAAAUGAGAACUGUGAAUAAUAAUUUAAUACUUUUUUCCAAAAUACAUGUUUUACGUAGGUGACUGUCGGCAAAGAUGAGGAUUUAAAAAAUGUAUUUUAAAAAAGACAAAAAAAAACUAAUCUAGGCACAUUUUGUAAUUGAAUGAAAAUUGAACAGCAGCAGGGUGCACAUCUGUACGUGGAUGUAAUGGAAGAACACCACCAUUCGCACUGUAGUCUGCCUGCCGCCCCCCCCCCCCCCCCACUUCCCACCCCCACCUCCCCUCAAAGUCAUGGACUGUAAGCAUGUCUGAAUGGAGCCUCAAAUGUGCUAAAGACUUGAUCAUACACUUUUUUUUUUCCUGGCUCUCUAAUUGUACCUGUCUGUGUAAUUGCCUGAUGAAAAAAGAUGAUACAAUUAAAUAAAAGUACAGGUUUUAUUUUUUAGUAUGAAAAAAAAAUACAAAAAUGGUUGGUUGUUUGGUAUACACCGCUCUCAAAUUUGGACUCAGCAAAGUCUCCACGAGCCAUGCUAAUGACUAUUUUUUAAUUCUUAUUCUUAUGUGGUGUGAUCUAAUAUGUAUGAUUAUGUUUAGCAAGUGAAUGAAUCCUAGUAUUAAUUACGUAUGUGAAAAAAUUAAGUUGAUUAAAAAAGGGAUGUUAUUAAGUUGAAGCUGUUUAACUUGUAGUAUUUGCCUUUGUACAGUUAACAGUGUAGAUAACCAGGGACUUUGGUUCUGUUUUUAAUGACCUGAAGUUUACUGGACAUUCCGUUUAAAUUGUACUGAUUUUUUUCUAUUAAUGCUCGAAAUGUCUAACUUUGAAAAGUGUGACUGGUUUAAAAAGAGAAAAAGCAGCUCUGCACAGCAUGUUAAAGAGAUGUAUCCCUUUUAUUUUACUGACACUUGCAUUUUACACUCUAUAAUAAAAUAUCCACAACAUUUCUCUGUGGAAAUUUGGCCUGA